UGCCUGCUUGGCUUCCUGGACGGCGUCCUGCCUGCUGCCAGCGGGGGAUGCUGCUGCUGCCGCUGCCUCUGCUGCUUCUCUCGGCGCUUCCCAGGAAAGCGGGGAGCUCCUCCUCCUCCUGACUACUUUUACUUCUUCGCCUCCUCCUCUUGGCUCUGGAUUCAGGUGAAGGUCUUCAGGGCCGCUUCCCUUCCCCAGGUGUGCCUCCUUCCCCUUCCCGUCAAGCCCGGCGCUCCGGACGAAAGUGAAAGCGGGCGGGCGGCCGGGAAGCAGAGAGGCGGAAACCUGGGCCAGCAAACAGCUCGGGAGCCAGCUAACGACGGGGACUGUCCGCUUGAGAGCGGCUAGACCGGGAUCAGAGCGCUAUGGCCGGCGAGAGCAUCGUCCGCUUCUUCCGACACAGUUUCCGGCGGCGAUCGUCCCGCAGAGAUGAAGUCCAGGGUACAUUACCUAAUGAAAACAGACCUUCAGUUGGUGAGAGAACCAGUUUCCCUAACUCUGUGGGCCAUCUGUUCUUUGAGUAUCUAAUUGUCGUCUCUCUUAAAAAGAAUACCAAUGGAGAUUAUGAGCCCAAGAUUACCUAUCAGUUUCCAAAGCGUGAGAACUUGAUGAGGGGGCAGCGUGAAGAAGAAGAGAGGUUAUUGCAGGCGAUUCCUCUGUUCUGCUUUCCAGAUGGAAAUGAAUGGGCCCCACUCAUGGAAUGCAAGAGUGAAACAUUUUCUUUUGUUCUCACCAAUGUUGAUGGGAGUAGAAAAAUCGGCUACUGCAGGAGGCUCUUGCCAUCUGGACGAGGUGCUCGUCUCCCAGAGGUUUACUGCAUAGUGAGCUGCCUGGGUUGUUUUGGCUUGUUUUCAAAGAUUUUAGAUGAGGUGGAGAAAAGGCGACAGAUCUCUACGGCAGUUAUCUACCCUUUUAUGCAGGGCCUGCGUGAAUCUCCUUUCCCUGCACCAGGAAAAACAGUGACAAUUAAAAGCUUUAUCCCUGACUCUGGGACAGAGCAAAUUGAGUUAACUCGCCCUCUAGAUUCCCACCUGGAACAUGUGGAAUUUCAGGCCCUCCUGCAGCACCUCAGUCCUGAAAAGAUCCUCCUCAUAUUUGCUUCUGCAGUUUUGGAACGACGGCUCAUAUUCCUGGCUGAGGAGCUCAGCUCCCUCUCCAAGUGUAUUCAUGCUGCAGCAGCUCUUCUUUAUCCCUUUAACUGGGCCCAUACAUACAUCCCAGUGGUCCCAGAGAAGCUUCUCAGCACUGUUUGCUGUCCAACACCCUUCAUGGUGGGGAUCCAAAAGCGUUACCUGGAUGAAGUUCUGGAUCAGCCCAUGGAAGAGGUGCUGCUUGUUGACCUAUCUGAAGGGAAAUUCUUAAGAAUGGUUGGUGAUGAAGAAGAGAUCUUACCAGCCAAGUUACUGAGUGAGAUGCUGUCAUCUCUACCCACAAUAAAUAACAACAUACAGACACCCGAGGAGCUCAAUGUCUGUGUUUCAGAUGCAUUUGUGCAGUUUUUUGUCAAGACAAUUGGCCACUAUCCUGCACACAUCAAAUGGAAUAGAAGUGGACAGGGCUCCUUCCAGGAGCGGGCUUUCUGCAAAGCUCCCACCUCCAAAACCACACGCAAGUUCCUGAAACAAUUUGUGAAGACUCAGAUGUUCUCCUUAUUUAUUCAAGAAGCAGAACAGAGCAAGAAGUGUUUAACAGGCCAUUUUCAGAAGAGGCUAAAUGAGUAUCAGGAGCAAAAGAAGCAAAGGAGAUUGUCCUGAAACUGUGCUCUGGAAGAAAGGAUUGCCUGCCAGUGAAGAGGCAAGCCUGUGACUUGACUAAUCAUUUGUUUGGAUCAUGAUAACUCCUUGGGAGGAAGAGCAGCCUUUCCUUUGCUGAUGCUCAUUGAGGUGUUUUGACUCCAGUUGUGAACUAACACAAGAGCAGAGGGACUGCAGCCUCAAUUUAGUGUUCUUGCCCUCCUUUCUCAUGAUUCACACUACAAGUUGCUCUUUAAAUUAUAUAGAAAGUUCAGAUUUAAUUUUUGUAGAUCAGCUGACAGUUCUGACAUUUUAGGACAAGUAACUGCAAAAAUUGUAACAAAUCAAAUGAUCAUCUUGAUCAAAAUGGCAUUCUAGAUUUCUCUAGAAACAGUCCCUUGAUGGGGAUGUGGAGUGGUUAAUGACAAGACUGUAGACAAAGUGUGGAGACAUUUUAUUAUCAUUAAAAUGGUUUCUAGUUUGAA